AUGGAGAACUACCAAAAGUUGGAAAAGAUUGGUGAAGGUACCUACGGUGUCGUCUACAAAGCCCGGGACCUUGCCAAUGGCGGUCGAAUUGUCGCCCUGAAGAAGAUCCGCCUCGAAGCUGAAGAUGAAGGCGUCCCCAGUACUGCGAUCCGCGAAAUCUCUCUCCUGAAGGAGAUGAGAGAUCCCAACAUUGUUCGACUGUUCAACAUCGUCCAUGCCGAUGGGCACAAGCUGUACCUUGUCUUUGAGUUUCUCGAUCUCGAUCUCAAGAAGUACAUGGAGUCUCUCCCCGUAAGCGAUGGCGGUCGAGGCAAGGCCCUGCCCGAGGGUUCAUCCCCUCACUUGCAGCAUCUUGGCCUGGGCGACAUGGUUGUUCGAAAGUUCAUGUUCCAGCUUUGCGACGGCAUCAAGUACUGUCACUCCCAUCGUGUCCUCCACCGCGAUCUCAAGCCCCAGAAUCUCCUGAUCGACAAGGAGGGUAACCUCAAGCUCGCGGAUUUUGGUCUUGCCCGUGCCUUUGGCGUGCCUCUGCGCACCUACACUCACGAAGUCGUUACUCUUUGGUACCGAGCCCCUGAAAUUCUCCUAGGAGGGCGUCAAUACUCGACUGGUGUUGACAUGUGGUCCGUUGGCUGUAUCUUUGCCGAAAUGUGUACAAGAAAGCCUCUCUUCCCCGGUGACUCUGAAAUCGAUGAGAUCUUCAAGAUCUUCCGCAUCCUCGGCACCCCGACUGAAGAGAACUGGCCUGGCGUAACUUCCUACCCUGACUUCAAGGCAUCCUUCCCCAAGUGGCAGCGCGACUACAGCAAGGACCUCUGUAAGGACCUCGAUUCCCAUGGACUUGAAUUACUCGAGAUGCUGUUGGUGUAUGACCCUGCUGGGCGUAUUUCAGCAAAGGCUGCCUACAACCACCCCUACUUUGAGCCUCUCCUGGCACAAGAGCAAGCAUCCGCUCAGACAAAUGGCUACUAUCACUAG